UGAAAAAAUUUUUCUGGUUGUUAAUGCUUACCAAAUGAAAAAAAAAAACUUCUACAUUUUUUAAAUCCCCAUUGCAACAUUGCAAUAACAAAAGAAAUUGUAUAAUUUAUUAAGAAUGGAUAAUCUCGUUUCUAAUGGUGUUAAUGCUAUAAAAGCAUUACAAAAAUUACUUAAUUUUAUGUUACAAAAUGCCUUAAUCAAAACCAAAAAUAAUUCCGUUGAAUGUAACGACUCUAAUAAUGAAGCAAUAAAACCUUUACUUUCUUUAUCUGAUAUAUUAUGUGAGAAAAAUUUAAUACUUUUAUUAGAGUAUAUUGACGAUAGGAUUUUAGCAUCGCUUGAACCCAAACCAGAAAACAACUUAAAUGAUCAAGAAGCGAAUCCAAUCGAUGAGAAAACUAUCUCAAUACUUGUUGCAUGGAAUGAUGUUACCAAUAAACUCUAUGAUGAUCUCUUUACUUUUCUCAUUCAAGGUUAUCAAACUAUAAAUUUAACAACCUCUCAUUGGGUCAUUUUAAGUCAAUUAAUAAUUAUGUACUCGUUAAAAUCUUCGGUGAAUGAAGAUAUUGUUGAAUUAGUGAUAACAUGUUUGGAUGCUUCCGAUCAAAGUGAUAUUCAGUAUAUUAUUGAGGAAUUUGAAAAACUUUAUUCAGAUAAUGACUCAGCAUUAUCCUCGGAAGGAAGUAUGCACCGUCAAAAAGUUAAAGUGCCUAUGCUUGAUUUUAGUCGACUUAACAGUCGUGCCGAAGAAAUGUCAUCUAUAGAAAAUGAAACCAUUUCUAUCAAAUCGUCGCAUACGGUUUCGAGUGAAGAUUUUUUUUCAAAUCAAAGUGACGCAUUGCCUGUGGAUUCAUCUCUUAAAUCAUCUUGGAAAAAAAAAUACAUUACUUUAAAAAAGGUAUUGAAUGAAGUGGAGGGAGUAAGAGAAACUUUACAAAAACGCAAUGAAGAAUUAGAAGAUAUUAUCAAAAACAAAAAUUCUACUUUACAAGGCUCAUUUAUCGAUAAUCGCCAUACAACUGAAAAAGAUGUUCAGUCUAUUUUCGGGGAAAUUUACCGACUGGAAGAACAAGUGGAGCAUAUGAAAAUAAAAUUGGAACAAACAAUAAAAGAAAAGAAUGAAAUUGAAAAAUCGUCAGCAGCGGAAAUACGAUUGUUAAAAGAUCAAAUUCAAGUUCACAAAGCUGAUAGCGAUGAAGUCAUAAGAUUAAAAAUGUCAUUGGAAAAAUAUACAUCUCAUUUAAAAGAAUUGAGUUUGUUAAAAAAUAAAAACCAACAACUUUAUAAAAGUGUUCAAGAUUAUUUGAAUCAAAUCGUUCAAUUAAAUGAACAGGUUGCCUCCAUCACAGAAUUAAAACACUCCAACGACUUAUACAAGAAAAAAUUAAACGAGUUGACCGAAGAAAAUUUACAUAAGUCUCUUCAAUUAGAAGAAUCAAAAAAGCAAAUAGCACUUCUCAAGAAGGAAUUAGAAUCCGCUCAUUCAAAAAGACAACAAACAGAUGAACAAUUAUGUUCAGUUCAAAAAGAAUUUCAAGAUAAAAUGAGUCAAUUCGUUUCCAGUGAUGCCUGUAAUGAGACGUAUCAAGAUACAAAGUUAAAAGAGCGUGUUUUUUUUUUAGAAAAAGAAAAUCAAAUUUUACGUGAACGCAACGAAUCACAUGAUGUUAAUGCGUUACGCGAGUUACAAUUUCAACUUGAAGAAAUGACGUUUUCUAAAAAUGCUUUAGAAUCCGAAUAUAAGAAACUUUUAGAAAAAGUUCAGCACCGUCAGGAUAAUGAUGUCUCGAACGAUGUCCCAACUGCGGACUCCACUCGAACACAAGAAAAUACUAGCAUAUCACCAGUCAAUUCUAAUGAAUCCUUUAAACAAUCAAUCCAAAUUUUGAAAGAUCAACUUAAAAGUGAAACAACUCGAAGAGAGUCGUUAGAAAGAACAAUAAAAGAAAAAAUUGAAUGUGAACAUCAAUCGUUUUUUGGUUCACUACAAGAACAAAUUGCCUCUUUAACAAAUCAGUUAAAGAUUAUAACGUUAGCAAGGAAUGAAGAAAUUUUGAUCCACCGUCGCGAAGAAAAAGUUAUGUCAAUUAUAUUUCAUCAAAUUGGAACAUUAAUGGUGGAAUUGAAUUCUAAAUAUCAGACAGCACUUCAACAACUAAGUAGUUCCUCUGUUAAUUGAUGAAAUCUUUUUUGAGGUAUAAUCUCUUGAAAGAUUUCAAUUAAGUAUGUAAACAUUUUUAAAAGAACAAAGUUUAUUUUUUCUUUAGCACGUUUUUUCCUUAAUGAACACGAAAAUUGAACACAACUAAAAAACAAACGUAAAGCAGUCAAUUCCAUAUA